UCAAGAGUUUAAUCAAGUUUCUUUGAAAUUCAAUUUCAAUUGAAAAAAUAAACAAAUUUCGAGAAUUGAUUGAUUUAGAAACUUGAAGUAGGCGCCUUUGUUUAUGAUGCUCUUAUUGGCUGUUGAUUUCGAAGCGAGGCAACCACAAGCCAUUGGUUAAAGAAAAAGCUUCAUUUCUUGAAAAUUAGUCUUCGAAGAUAAAUCGUUUUUGAAAUUAAGUAUCGUGAAAAGUUUUCAACUUAUAACUCAUGAAAAUGGAUAGUGAUGUUAUAAUUAAAGGAUCUCGAACUCGACCUAAUCCAUUCAAACUAGUUCCUUGUGAAAAAUAUGGCAAUAAUACUGAGGCUCCAUUCAUCUUAAAUCUAAGUGUUGAAGCUUUAGCUUUAAUUGAUGUUCACUCUCACUGUGUUCAAACCGAGGUUAUUGGACUUUUGGGAGGCUUGUACUGCUCUCGGUACAGACAAUUAAAUAUUUUAACUGCUGAGCCAUGUGAAAGUUUAACUGCUGGGACUAGUGAUUUACAAUGUGAGAUGGAUCCAGUCUCUCAAGCUGAUGCCUUUGAAAGGUUAACUAAGGCAGGAUAUCAAGUUGUCGGUUGGUACCAUUCUCAUCCAACUUUCGUGCCCAAUCCAAGUCUUAGAGAUCUCGAGACUCAAGCUAAAUAUCAGCAGCUUUUUGCUGAUGGAAACCAGCCAUUUCUUUCUUUGAUACUAAACCCUUACUCCACACCUCAUCAAACUUUAACUAAAAACAAUCUUGUCUCAAAAUACAAGUGCCUUAUGCUUAGUGAACAUAUUUCAUCAUCUCAGAACGAAUCAAGAACGCCAUAUGCCUUUAAUCCUCUUUUAGUGAGAAGAGAAAAGCUGUUUUAUAAUUUGACCCAUCGUUUGGAAGAGUUAUGUUCUAAAAUUGAAGGGAAACCUUCAACUCUUUGUAUCACCGACAAGCUCAGAGGAAAAGAUAUGCCAUAUUUGACCAAGAUCUUAACAAGUUUAAGGCACCAUUUUGAGACUACAGGGUUAUCAAAAAUCGAGUCGGAACGUUUGGUUGAUCAAAUACGGGCAAUACUUCUAGAGCAUUUGAGGAGCAAACCUAAUGGCAAAUAGAAGGACGCAAUUAUCAUUUUUUUACAGCAAACCAUUUCAGAUAUCCAUCCCAUCGUUCAUUAACGUUUCAUUUGUUAAUUUUUGGAUAAACAAUAAAGUUUUUGAUAAUUUAUAAUAAUCUAUGUAUACUUUUGGUAGACUUUACGCAAAUAAAGAGUCAGCUAUAAUUUCA